GCGCGGGAGGAGCCGGGCAGGGGGCGGGGUGGGGCGCGGCGGGUGCUGCCCGCGACCCCCUCCCCGGGAGCGCCGGAGCCUGCUCGGGAUGCCCAAAAAGUUCCAGGGCGAGAACAGCAAGUCUGCGGCGGCCCGAGCGCGCAAGGCGGAGGCCAAGGCGGCGGCCGAUGCGCGGAAGCAGCAGGAGCUGGAAGAUGCUUACUGGAAAGACGAGGACAAGCACGUCAUGAGGAAGGAGCAGCGCAAGGAGGAGAAGGAAAAGCGGCGCCUGGAGCAGCUGGAGCGCAAGAAGGAGACGCAGCGGCUGCUGGAGGAGGAGGCCUCCAAGCUCAAGGGCGGCAAGGCGCCCCGGCCCGCCGCGCCCGGCAAGGUCACCCGCGCGCAGAUCGAGGAGACGCUGCGCCGCGACCAGGCGCACAGGGACGGGCCCGAGCCAGCGGAGAAAGCCAAGAGCCACCUGGAGGUGCCCCUGGAGGAGAACCUCAACCGCCGCGUGUCGGAAGAGGGCAGCCUGGAGGCGCGCACCGUGGAGGACGCCAUCGCCGUGCUCAGCGUGGCGGAGGAGGCGGACCGGCACCCCGAGCGCCGCAUGCGGGCGGCCUACACGGCCUUCGAGGAGGCACAGCUGCCGCGGCUGAAGCUGGAGAACCCCAACAUGCGGCUGUCGCAGCUGAGGCAGCUGCUGAAGAAGGAGUGGCAGCGCGCGCCCGACAACCCCCUCAACCAGCGCUCCACGGCCUUCAACGCGCCCAAGUGAGCCCCGGAACCAGCCGGGGCCGCCCUGCCCCACCUGCCCUGCAUAACCCCAAAUUGCCACCUCCAGGAUGCCCUCCGCGGCCAGCUGACCCGACCGGGCUAUGAGCGCCUGGUGCCGGGAUCCAGGGGAUCGAGGUGGCCUUCCGGGGUCAGGACUCCAGCCAGGGGACCCGGCUCCUCCGAGUGACCCCCCAGUGUGUGUGCAGAGUGGGGGGGCCGGGUACCCAAAUCCCAAAUAAAAGCGGCUGGCUGGUGA